GUCCGUGAAUUCCACACGUGCCUCGCGAGAUUAUGCUGAAACAGCUGAUUCAUGUUUAUUGUUAUAAGUCACCACUACAAAUAAGGAAAUACGCUACUUGGUGUUGAUGUCUGUACAUAGUUUGCAACGAUUCGCAGUCGUUAACGCACGUGCUUUGUAAUCUAUCGCAACUUUAACUCUGUACGUCAGCAAUCCUACAAGGUAGUGCAAUGCAUUCCAUGUACACUUGAUUAUUCGCUAGUGCGUAGAAACCUCGUGGAGCGAUUAAACUUUUAAAAAUAUGACUGAAUCAUAAUGGAAAAUUCACAAGACGCCAACGAUACGCCCCCCGAUGAUGUUUUAAAUAAUUCUUCAAUUAACAAUACAGAGCCUAGAGAUGGAUUGGAUUACACUCAAAUAAUACCUGAUUUGGAUGAGAUCACCACAGUUUCAGAUGAAAACCCCCUGAUACAAUCAGCAUGUUACCGGAGGAACAACAAAGAUACCUUCCAUCCGGGAUCGUUGAAUGUUUUAUCAACCAAAUAUGAAAGUUUAGAUUAUGACACCGUAGAAAAUUAUUUGUUACUAGAUGAAGAGCAGAAGAAGGGAUAUAAGUUUAUUGUUAGAAAGCUAAUUGCCAAAUGGAUCAUCUUCCUGUUGAUUGGAAUGAUCACAGCAUUAAUUGCAUGUGUUAUUGAUGUAUUAAUAGAUAGCCUCUGUUCUUUAAAAUAUGAACAUUUACAGUUCUUGGUAGAUAAAUACGUGCUGGAAGGCAAACUGUACAUCCCAUACUUUUAUUGGAUCCUCUAUAAUUUUGUGCCUGUGAUGAUCGGAUCUGUUUUGGUCGCAUACGUGGAACCAGUCGCCGGGGGCAGCGGUAUUCCCCAAGUGAAAUGUUACCUGAACGGGGUGAAAGUGCCGCGCGUCGUGCGAAUACGCACGCUGAUAGUCAAAGCCGUCGGGGUGAUUUGCUCAGUGGUUGGCGGUCUCGCCGGUGGAAAAGAAGGACCGAUGAUUCAUGUCGGCGCCGCUGUAGCCGCGGGGAUUUCACAGGGAAAGAGCACAACAUUCAAAACCGACCUUCACAUUCUGCGGUAUUUCCGCGAGGAUCAGGAGAAGCGCGAUUUCGUAUCGGGUGGCGCGGCGUCUGGCGUAUCCGCUGCGUUUGGUGCUCCCGUCGGUGGUGUACUCUUCAGUUUAGAAGAAGGCGCAUCAUUUUGGAACCAAAGUUUAACAUGGCGCAUAUUUUUCGCGUCUGUAGUAAGCACAUUCACGCUUAAUUUAUUCCUUUCGAUGUACUAUGGCGAACCAGGCAAUUUGCAAUAUCCGGGCCUGUUGAAUCUCGGUCAUUUUGAGGAGUUUACGUACUCUUUGUAUGAACUGCCCGUUUUUGCUUUGAUAGGAGCCUUAGGAGGACUUCUCGGCGCAUUAUGGAAUAGUAUUAACUACAAAUUAUCAGUAUUUCGCAUUAGAUAUAUCAACAAGCCAUGGUUGAAAGUGAUUGAGGCUUGUCUCGUCGCCACGAUGACCGCAACGGUUGGUUUCUUGAUGAUAUUCUUCCUGAAUGAUUGCAAACCGUUAGGACAGGAUCCGACAAGAUUUCCCACGCAGAUGUACUGUAAUGAUGGACAAUAUAAUGUCCUCGCGUCGAUUUGGUUUCAAACACCUGAAGCUUCAGUGCGGUCGUUGUUUCACGACCCGCCGAACACCCACAACGUCACAUCGCUAAUAUACUUCGUGAUUGUUUACUUCUUAAUUUCCUGUUGGACUUUCGGGCUGUCAACAUCCAACGGCUUGUUUAUUCCCUCGCUGUUGACAGGCGCAGCCUGGGGGCGUUUAAUCUCAGUCGGUUUAUCUUACAUCUACCCUACAACGUUGAUACAUCCUGGAAAAUAUGCUUUAAUUGGCGCCGCUGCUCAACUAGGCGGACUUGUUCGGAUGACAAUUAGUUUAACUGUCAUCAUAAUGGAAACCACACAGAAUAUUUCCUUCGGUUUGCCGCUGAUUGUCACCCUGAUAGCUGCCAAAUGGACAGGCGACUUCUUCAAUGAAGGCAUUUACGAUAUUCAUAUCCAACUGAGCGCAAUUCCUUUCUUAUCAUGGGACCCACCACCGUUGACACACAACAUUUACGCUAGUGAAGUCAUGUCACAUCCUGUCGUCACAUUGAAAACCGUGGAAAAUGUCGGACACGUCGUAGAGUUACUCAAACUGAAGUCGUACAAUGGUUUCCCAGUUGUGGAUCCACCAAGAAGUGACUCAUGCGAUGUAACAUCCUACGGUAAACUGAGAGGUUUGAUCCUGCGUUCACAACUAAUCGUCAUGCUGCGCAACAAGAUCUUCAAUGAAACUGAACGAUCCUGGGUGGGAAUCAGCGCAGAUCUCUUCCGAGAUGAAUAUCCCAGAUACCCCACUAUAGACCAAGUACAAAUAACCGAAGAGGAAAAAACUUAUUCCAUCGACUUGCGGCCAUUCAUCAAUCCCUCGCCGUUCACAGUGUUACAUUCAACGUCACUCCCACGCAUGUUCCGGUUGUUCCGUGCGCUCGGCCUGCGCCACUUGCCGAUCGUGAACGACAGCAGCGAGGUGGUGGGCAUGGUGACACGCAAAGAUCUCGCGCGUUACCGCGUCUGGCGACAUCGGGGCCGCAUGGGCGUCGAGGAGCUGGUCGUCUCGCAAGAAAUCUAACCUACUAGUAUAAUAAAAUAGGACAAUCAUGUACAUAUUUAACCGAAUGCAGUUGAGCGCGCGAGCUGGGAGUGUCAAACAAUAAGCGUCUUACGUCUUCGCGUGUGCGGUCAAGUCGUUAUUGCAAGUCGUUUCUUGUUUUAUUCCCAUGACAUACACAAAAGUUGAUUAAUACAGUAUAAAUAUUUUACAAAGUCA